AUGAAUGAUUAUAAUACCAGGUUAUCAAGUUUUAAGCGAAAGGGUAGUAAAUUAGAGGAAAGGUUUGAAGUCCUAAAGGAUGAAAAUAAUGAGUGUCUUGAAGAUAUUAUAAAUAAUAUCAGUGAGAACGAUAAAGAUCAAUGUAUAGCAAACAUAGGAAAACUAGGAAAUAUCAUGAAAAAUACUUAUGAAAUGGUGGGAGAACAGACAGAACUCACGAAAAAAGCUAUAUCCGUUGUGAAAGAACUAACAGCAGUAAUGACUCAUACCAGGACUCGGUUGGAUCAGUUAGAGAUUAAAGUAAAUCGAACAGAAUUUUUAAGCAAUUAUCGAGAUUGGAUUAAGAGAUUUAUUGACAAGGUUAAAGACAAGCUAGGAGAAAAAGAAUGGCGUCUUGCAGAGUCUGCUCUUUUUUAUCUCGAGUCUGGAAUGGAAUUAACAGAUGAAGAACUUAAUUGUAUUGAAAAUUUAAAGGAUUUUUUACGUGAUGUUGAAAUGACAAUCGACGAUAUCAAGCUAUUACGUGAGAUGAGAGACAAAAGCAAUGCUUUAUUUCAUAGUAACGGACAAAAUUUAAUGGAAGCACAAACGCAACUUAAUAAUCCGCUUCCUGAUGAUCUAAAAAUAUACAAGAUUCCAUUGCAAAAGGCUCUUGAAGCCAUUAAUAAUUGGCGUACGUCUAGAUUUUAA